UGCAUGUAGUCAUCCCUCACUUCCAGUACUACUAUGAAUGGUCCUGGCAGCGUGGGUCGGGGAGGUGCGGGAAGGUGAUGUCGUAAAGCUGAGUGUCGUAAACCAGGUGCGGAGAAGGGGAGGUGAAGUGGAGGGAGGGAGGAGGAGGGGGGAGAGGGGGUGAGAGAGGAGGUGACUCUCCGGCAGCAUUUAGACACAACGAAAGGAUCAUGGCGGAUGGCCCCAGGUGUAAGCGCAGAAAGCAGGCGAACCCGAAGAGGAACAACGUGACUAACUACAACAAUGUGGUGGAGGCCGGCUCAGAGUCCGAUGAUGAGGACAAGCUGCACAUCGUGGAGGAGGAAGGCAGCCUGGCGGAUGGGGCUGACUGCGACAGCACCCUGCCAGAUGAGGAGCACCCCAGGGAGCACUGCUGGGACGGAGUGAAGGAGGAUUGUGUGUCAGAUGCUGAGGAUGACGUGAGCACAGAUGCCCUAGUGGAGGAGAUGCUCCAGCAAGGAGACACGGCCGUCAUCUACCCGGAAGCCCCGGAAGACGAGCCUCAACGCCAGGACACCCCUGAUGCCAGCAUCCAUGACGAGAACGGAACCCCUGAUUCGUUCUCUCAGCUGCUCACCUGUCCGUACUGCGCACGUGGCUACAAGCGUUACAGCUCCCUGAAGGAGCACAUAAAGUAUCGGCACGAGAGGACAGAGGAGAGCUUCAACUGCCCCGAGUGCAGCUACAGCUUCGCAUACCGCGCUCAACUGGAGAGGCAUAUGACGGUCCACAAGAGCGGACGGGAUCAGAGACACAUCACACAGUCGGGAGGCAAUCGUAAAUUCAAGUGCACUGAAUGUGGCAAAGCAUUUAAAUACAAGCACCACCUGAAGGAGCACCUACGCAUCCACAGCGGAGAGAAACCCUAUGAGUGCUCCAACUGCAAGAAGCGCUUCUCCCACUCAGGCUCCUACAGCUCCCACAUCAGCAGUAAGAAGUGCAUCAGCGUCAUCUCAGUGAACGGUAGACCACGCUCGGGGAACGCCAAAGCCCAAAACCAGGGACCAUCACCGGGGCUGCCUGCGCCCACCUCAGCCCUCCGCACUCAGAUCAGAGAUAAGCUGGAGCACAGCAAGCCCCUGCAGGAGCAGCUGCCCCUCAAUCAGAUCAAGACCGAACCUGUGGACUACGAGUACAAGCCAACGUUGAUCACAUCUUCUGCUGUGACCGCCAUUAACGGAGGGAUCUUCAGUGGAGGUGCUGCUGCUCCUCUACAGGGAACAGUGCAGGCAGUGGUCCUGCCCACUGUGGGGCUGGUGUCGCCCAUCAGCAUCAAUCUGGCAGACCUGCAGAACGCUCUCAAAGUGGCGGUGGAUGGAAACGUCAUUCGCCAGGUGCUAGAAAGCAAUGCCAAAGGACAGGGGCAGAUGAACUCGGGGUUAACCACUGGAACUCUCCAUCCCCAACAGCAGCAACUCAUCUCAGCCAUCAGUUUGCCCAUUGUGGGUCAGGAUGGAAAUGCAAAAAUCAUCAUAAACUACAGUCUAGACCCUAACCAGGGUCAGAUCACAGCCCAAAACCUGAAGCAAGAGCCUGAGUCCAUCUCACUGGCUCAGUCCACCACUGACACCUUCAAGUCCCAGAAACUCCCUGAAGAUCUCACCACCAGAGGCUCCAGGCCACAUGAGACUAAAGUAGAAGAAGAAGAGGAAAAGACCACUAAAACAUGUCUCCUGUGUGAUAACUGUCCCGGGGGGAUGGAAGCUCUCCAUGCCCUCAAGCACUGCAAGAAAGAAGGUCUCAGGCUGAAUGGAUCUGGACUGGACAAGUCUGAGUCUGCUGUUGCUGCCCUGUUGUCAGAGGGAGGACUUUGCAACCAGCCUAAGAAUCUGUUGUCACUGCUCAAGGCCUACUUUGCCUUAAAUGCAGAGCCCACCAAGGAUGAGCUGGCCAAGAUCUCUGACUCAGUCAGCCUACCGAUCCACGUGGUUAAGAAGUGGUUUGACAAAAUGCAGGAGGGCCAGAUAUCACUGGGUGCCCCAACACCUCCCUCAGAGGAAGAGGACACGUGUGAAGCUGGCAGUGUGGUGUCCCUGGUCCCAGGCAAGGACAUAUCCAUGAGCCCCUCUGUGAACCAAGACAGCCCUACAGAAGCAACCCCAGCGGAAGUUAAUGGCGCCCACAGCUCGCCAGCCUCCCCUACACCACUAAACCUGACAGCUGGAGGUCCCGUCCCAGCCCAGCCUUCCCAGAGCACUGAGGGACCCCUAGACCUGUCGCUGCCAAAGUCCUCCAAAGAGGAGGCAGAAAGAGUGGUGACUAAGUCCCGCGUUUACCCCUCCCCUCCCUCAGGCCCUACCCGUGUGGAGGAACCCCUAAACUUAACUUGCACAAAGAAAGAGGCAUCGCCACUCUCAGCCAUGGGCGGCAGCCCCAUCGCACUGUACGCCAGCCAGCCAAGUGCCAAACCCCUCGACAUUGUGAACACAAUGCAUUGCCUUAGGGCACUAUCCACUAACAACAAACAGACUAUCCUGAUCCCCCAGCUGGCUUACACCUAUACCACUACAGCAAACAGCCCAGCAGGGACCCAGACACAGGAUACCAUCCACCUCAACGGGAUAAAGGAGGAGAGACUGGACUCGGAGGGUGUGUCCACUAUGGAGGAGCAGAAUGACUCGGACUCAGGCCCUCAGAGGAAGAAGAUGAAGAAGACAGAAAGUGGCAUGUACGCCUGCGACCUCUGCGACAAGAUCUUCCAGAAAAGCAGCUCUCUACUGAGACACAAAUACGAACACACAGGGAAGCGACCACACGAGUGCGGCAUCUGCAGCAAGGCUUUCAAACACAAACACCACCUGAUCGAACACAUGCGCCUCCACUCGGGGGAGAAACCGUACCAGUGCGACAAGUGCGGCAAGCGCUUUUCUCACUCGGGGUCGUACUCGCAACACAUGAACCAUCGCUACUCCUACUGCAAGAAGGAGACGCAGAGCCAAGGAGGAGGCCCGGAGAGCCCAGAGGACGAAGCAGAGGCUCAGGCCGAGAGGGAGGCUCUGAACCGGUUGCAGUUGCUCCUCGCCCCCUCCCAGCUGGACUUAGACGAUCGAGGGAGCAGCACCAGAGAGGAAGAGGAGAGUGAGGAAGAGGAGGAGGAGGAUGGUGCAGUGGACAUGGAUGAUAUCCAGGUGGUGAAGAUAGAGGAGGAGGGAGGGGAUGAGGAAGAGGAGGAAAGGAAUGAGGAGGAGAUAGAGAGAGUAUCAGUGGAAGGAGGAGAGAGAGUAUCAGUGGAAGGAGGAGCAGAGGAGGAGGAGGAAAGGAAUGAGGAGGAGAUAAGGAGAGUAUUAGUGGAAGGAGGAGCAGAGGAGGAGGAGGAAAAGAAUGAGGAGGAGAUAGAGAGAGUAUUAGUGGAAGGAGGAGCAGAGGAGGAGGAGAAAAGGAAUGAGGAGGAGAUAGAGAGAGUAUUAGUGGAAGGAGGAGUGGAGGAGGAGAAAGAGAUGGAAGUGAUAGAGGAGGCUGACGACACAAGGCAGGAAGAGGUGCUCAGCAGCAUUCAGGAAGAGAAGGAAGUCAAUGCGGAGGAAGAGGAGGCAAUGGAUACAGAGGAAGGCGUGACGGAAGAGGAGAAAGCAGAGGAGGAGGAGGUGACGGAGGAGAGUGGAGGCGAAACAAACAGGGAUAUGGUUUCUGAAGACUAAAGGUAGACAUCACAGGAGGAAGGAGACUAAAAGAGAAAUCAGACUCCUCCACGAGACACAAUCAGACUCCUCCUCUCCCCGUGCAGAGGAGGAGCGCAGGAGGGGACGUCUGGCCACUCUGUUGACUGUUUGUUUCAGUUCACUACUGUGUAGAAAUCCAGGUGUGCCUGAAAAAAUACUAGUGACUUUUCCACAGGAGAACGAAGUCUCACUGUUAGAAAAAUCCAUUUGUAAAAAAAAAUGAAGACGAACGUGAAUUUUAACAAACAAAGGAAAUGCAUUAUACAGACUUUGGAAGCUAGAGCCGACACGUUUUAGAUAAUGUUUUAUUACUAAAACACCUUGGGUCAUUUCUUUUUAUCAGUGUUACUAAUUUUAUCACUCAUAUUUUAACCUUUAAAAGCUGUACAGUUGGGAGAUAUUUCUAUACCUUUUUAUUGCCAAUGAACAAAAAAAGUCAGUAUUUUAUUAAGUUGGAAGGAAAAUAAGAAAAAUCCUGUGCACUACAAGUGGCUUGGUUUACCUUUGGAUUAAACAGUUCAGUUGUGUUUUCUACCCUUCAGUAUUACCGCACUAGAUAUACCACACCACCAAGCUAGCCGAUGUUAGCAUGACUUUUAUUUUUGGAUGUUUUUUUGGAUUGGACUGCGAGCCUUAAGAAGAAAAACAAAGGAGAGUGGGAAUGGUUCCUUUGAGUCAUUUUGUUCCUUUCAGACACAUUACUGUCAACGUUUCUGUUCAUACAGCAUUUAUAGGUGAAGUUUGACACUUUGGGAAACAUGCUUAUUUAUUGUUUUGCUGGAGGAGGUCAAUACAACUCUUAUAACCUCUCUGUGACUAUACAGCUAGCAGCUAACUAGCUUAGCUUUAAAUGAGGACAAGAACACAAGGGAACAGCCAAAGCUAACAGUUGUUUUUUUGAAGUGGUUAUAUAUUUAUCAACUCCUCUGCUCAAAAUCAAGAUCCAGCAGGAGUCUGGCAAGUUUAUUUCCUCUCACUCGAGGAUCAAGAUAUUUUAUUGUUGUGUCAAACACAGGUACAAGCGGGAAAAAGACAUAAAAAAUAACUAAACUAAAUUACAACUAAAUUAGUUAUGGAGUAAGCAGUUACAGUUCUUCAAACACACCCAAAAAAAUGUAUCAGUUAGAAAACGUAUGUCUAGUUAACCUAAGAAAUGUUAUAUAUAUAGCCUAAAACUAACUUAAAAUUAACCCUUACAAGUGAGCUACCUGCAAGUUGCGCUUUCUCCUAUGGCGUCUCGAGUGUAGCAAGUAAGCUAGCUCAGGACUCACCAAAUAAUCAUGAAAGUAUUGACCACUUUUUACACUUUUUGUCUCACAUGCUUGGUGCUGUUUCCCCACUUUAAGAUCUGUUAUGUUACAUUAACAGCAAUAUCAAUUUUGAGCCGUGACACAAAUGUUUUCUGUCAAAUCCACACUUCUCUAUAAAACCCCUUUCAGUUUCCCUUUCUCUAUUUGGAAAGAGAGAAGAGAAAUUAGAAGAGAAAGUGUGUUCCCGAUUCAGAGACAGUCUCAAAGGAAGUUCAUUUACUGCUGAAUAUUCCGUCUAAAAGAGGCCAUGUGAUUGAGUGAACAUGUGUGAACGAUACGUGGCUUUUUAAAAAUAGUUUGAAUCAGCAAAUGAUGAGCCAUACUCAGCUGGAGUUAAUCUGUUGUGUUGCAUCAACUUAAUGCUCACAAGCUAGUACACUCAACUGCUAACUCAGAGAAGAAAUAUGUUCUUAUUGGUUGAAUGAGAAAAAUAAAGAAGUGAUGCAAGAAACGUUUCUAAUAAAAAUCAACAUUUAGCUUAACUUUAGCGAUAUAGGCCCAGAUAUCCAUGAUCAAUGCAUCUCUAAUUUAGCUUUGGUUAGCAUGGGGUGAGAAAAUAGCUCAUAAUGUGUGCUCACUUUUCCUAUUUGACUGAAAAGGACCUCUAAUCAUUUCCCUCUUGGCAUGCAUAGAAGAAGUGACUUUUGCUUCCACCCUCUCAUCUUCUCCUCCAGAAAAUAAAAAUGUGCAUGUAUUUUCCCAAAAUGUCAAACUGUUACUUGAACAUUCAGAGCGAGCAUCAAUGAUAUUAAGAAAACUGUGUGACAGUCCCCAUACCUUCCCCGUACUCCAAGCCAUAUGCAAAAAAAAAAAAAAAAACUUCAACAAGAGAAACAUGCAUAUCAAAAGUGCCAUUGAAUACUGCUGUUGAAGCUUAGCAGCGUCUAUCAGGUAUUGCCGGAGCCCAGAUCAACCAAUAAGCCGGGAUACUGUUGACUUUGGCUCGCCACCGCACCUGAGAGAGCAGAGUUCAGCCUACCAUUCAUGUAUCAUAUGUUCUAGAGAAGUCUCUUUUAUUUCCAAUCUGAGCGGCUAAAUGAAAUACAAUGCACAUGUUUUCUAACCGAUGAUGAUGAUGAUGAUGAUGAUGAUGAUGAUGAUGAUGCAGUCUGGUUUUAACUGUGUCCUGCCUUUCAAAGCUUAUUCACUGCACUUGUUUAACACACCAUGACACGCUCUGAUGUCUCUUCAGGUAACAAAAUGAAGGCAAACAUGAAUCCCAGAAGUUCAAUUCAACACGUUUUUACCUGUCAGUAUUAUUUUUUGUCUCUUAUGUUGUCGUAUGUUCUGUUUCAGUGUGUGUACUGUAUGUUUUCAGCAAUGGCAGUAUUAUCCCAGCCCCCACGGAGAUGGGUAUGUCUGUUUAGUCCUAGAGAACUUUUAUAUUUAUGUGUCUUAUUUUUUAUAUUUCUUUAUGGUUAUUUAUUACACUAUGUAGUGUACAAUACUGUAGUUUGUAUUAAUACGAUAAUAUAUUUUAGUAUGGGAAAAAAAACAUUCGAAGGCAAAUAACUACAAGCCUGGAAAAUGAGACUCCGGCGUACUGAAGUAUGUUUUUCGAACAAACAAAAUGAUGUUUUUCCUCGGGAAAAAAAGAAACUCGCACCCUGCAAGCCUGAAAAUUGGAACCUUUGACCUCUCUGCAUCCAUUCUCAUGUUAGUUUAGUUUUCUUUCCCCUCUCUAAUAUGAAGCUACUGAACUUUUGAAAACUAAUAGUAUGUCUAAUAGCAUGAGUGUGUGCUGUUUUAUUGAAGGAUUAUCCUUAACCACACAAACUGUCCUUUUUGCCAAGCCAAAAUAAUAUUGACGUAUGUUCUUAUGUUUUUAUUUGUGCCAAUUUGUUACUUUAUAUGUCAGUGUCAAGACCACGCCCACUUUUAUAUGCCCCCUGCCUUUAACACCAUCAUCCUUUUUAUAGUGAUUGUUUUUUUCUUUUUUUUCUUUGGUUGUUUCUUUUAUUUUUUGUUCAUUUUUUAUGACUCCCCAUCUCACAAUAAAAUACAUCAAUUACAAGCUGCUGCGUUUCUCAUGAUAUCUUUAUUAAAUGCACAAAGAACACAAUAUAUUCAGUUGUAACUUUUAGAAACGUAUUAAUAAAACUCUCAUCAAGGGGUAAACAAUAUUAAAAGAAAGGACUCAUCAUAAUUAUCCCUAUUUUAAAGGUCCUGUGAGGAUCUUUCUGUUUGUGUUGAUUUUGGUGCCCCCUGUGGACAAAGUGAUGCCUCUCAUCUCUUUGCUGACCCCCAUGUUCUCUGACAGUAUAAUUAUUCUGCUCUCUUUUCAAUGUUGCACUCUUCCUGAAUAUGUCCUGUGGGAUAUGUAAAAAUAAAACGGAGGGGGGGUGUUUUCUUCAUCAUGCUGUAAAUCACCUUGCCUGACCCUCCCCCUUGCAGCAGCCUCAGGCAUUAAAAAUUACAACGUUGAAAAUGGAAA